AUGGACAGGAAGGUGGCAUUGCUCCUGUGGGCCCCGACCCUCGGCCUUGCUGGUGCCCAGACAACCCAGCUCCUUGUGGAGCCCCUCUGGAGGCCGGCAGUGCUGUGGGAUGGGGUAACACUGACCUGCCAGGGCUCGGGGACUGUCGGUGCCACCACCUGGUACAAGGAUGGGCAGCCAUUGGGACAGGAGGGACGUGACCGCCUCACUGUCACCAAGAGUGGCACCUAUACAUGUGACAGACCUGACACAGGGCACAACCCCCCUCUGACAGUCUCACACUAUGAUCUGGUGCUGCAGGUGCCGGUGCGGGCGCUGAUGGAGGGGGACACGGUGACACUGCGCUGCCGGGGCUGGCAGAACUACACGGUCUCCAGGGUGUCCUUCUAUGAGGACACAGAACUGGAGGAGCCCCGGGAUGGCAUCGAGCUGUUCCUGUACCCUCUGCAGCUGAGCGACAGUGGGAGCUACCACUGCGAGGGCCUGGUGAGCAAUCUGGUGUCGAAGAGGAGCGCAUCGAAGAGGGUGACAGUGACAGUGCGCAGGGUCCCGGUCUCGGGGGUGUCCCUGUCGGAGCAGCCCCCCAGGGGACAGAUGGCACUCGGGGACCGACUUGUGCUGAGCUGCACGGUGGCCAAGGGGACAGGUGCCCUGUCCUUCUCCUGGCACCGGGAGGGCUCAGGGGCACUGCUGGGCACCAGCUCUCGCCUGGAGCUGCAGUACGUUGGGGACAAUGACAGCAGCCAGUACUGGUGCUGGGUCAGCGAUGGGAACAGUGUGGCUGAGAGUGACCCCCUGAAUGUCACUGUCCUGGUGCCCGUGGCCAAUGCCACCAUCACCCCCAGUCCCCUGUCACACCAGGUGCGUUCAGGUGACGUCACCCUGCGCUGCUCAGUGCAGGUGGGCUCAGCCCUUGUCACCUUCACUUGGCUGCACAACGGCCAGGAGGUGGCCCGGGGUCCCAUGCUGGAGCUCGGGGACAUCAAUGUGGGACAUUCGGGCACUUACCAGUGCGUGACCACCAACCAGCUGGGACAGGACGGGCACCGCUUGUUCCGGGCACUCAGCCCAGAGCGGGCCCUGACGCUGCCAAGGAGAAGAUGGAAAGGCCUCCCCGGCUCCCCCGGCCCCCCAGAGGAGGGGGAGGUGCUGUACACCCACGUCAUGGUCACCAAGAGGGCAGGGGUGGCCUCCUGUGCCACCAUCCUUCAGGAUCCCCAGGUGACCUACCCAGAGCUGCGGGGACACCAGGGGCGACCGCGGGAACCCGGUGACAUCUACGGGAAUCAACUGCCAGUGGCUUAG